AUGCAGCUCUCAGCCCAUCUUGGACCCAAAGGGAUGGUGAUGCAGUCUCUCCUCUUCUUAGUAUUUCUGAAUCGCCACUCACUGCAGAGACCCCUGGCAGCCAACAGCAACGGCAUAAGCAGUGAUGAGGGACGCCAAGGGGGCACUGGGCUCAUCCAGUGUGGAGAAUACAGCAACCAGGUCUUGCCCAAUGGGAGGUGCAAAAUCGUAGCCACCCUGCCACAGCUGGAUGAGCAGAGGUGCCCGGAUAUGUUCCGCUGCACGGACGAGGUCUCUUAUUGGCUCCAUGAAAAUGAGGAGCGGAAGCAGCAGAUCCUGGAACUGCGUGAACUCAUCGCUGAACUCCAAGAAGAGCUGAGGAACCAUCGGCAUCGCAUCAAGGUUCUGGAGUUGCAGGACGACAUCAUUCCCAGAAUGUCAGCCAUCCUAAUGUUGGGCAUCCUUGGAAUGACGUUUACCAUGGAGCACUGGGUGCCUCAGGCACUGAUAAAACAGUAUGAAGAGAAGGCUAGCCGGAACUCCUCCAUGGAGCAGCGGGUCCAGGAUCUGGAGCAGCAGUACCACGAGUCUGUUACCGUGCAGCACAUGCAAGCCACGCUACUGUACGACAUCCGGGCCCAGGUGCACAACGUCUCUCUGCUGGUGGAAUGGGUGCGGCACAACCCCGGCUGCCUAGUUCCUGCGGAGAUGCGGCUGCAGCAGGAGAUGCACCGUCCAGAUGUGAGGCAUGCCAAGAACUGUCCCAUUGACUGUGCCUCCAUAUACUACAAUGGAGUCCGUCGCUCCGGUGUCUACAGCAUCAUGCCGUCUGUGGAAGGGCUGCCAAUCGAAGUGCUGUGUGAGAUGGAUGUGGAAGGUGGAGGUUGGACAGUCAUCCAGCGGCGGCAAGAUGGUACAGUCAACUUUAACAGGACGUGGAAUGAAUACAAAGAUGGGUUUGGCAAUUUAAAUGGUGAAUUCUGGAUGGGUAAUGAAAACAUUCACAAGAUCACCAACCAAGGGGACUACUCUCUCCGCAUUGAUCUGGAAGACUGGAAUAACAAGCACAAGCAUGCCUUCUAUCAACUCUUCAGCAUUGAGGACGAAGCUAACUAUUACCGCCUGCAUGUAGAAGGCUUCAGUGGGACGGUAGAGGAUUCCUUUGCCUGGUACCACAACAAAAGGAGCUUCAGCACACCUGAUUCAGGAAACAUCUGUGCUGCCAUCUCCCACGGAGGCUGGUGGUAUCACCAGUGCUUCUUCUCCAACCUCAACGGAGUAUAUUACCAGGGUGGCAGAUAUUCCUUGAAAAACCGCAGGAUCCUAGGACCGGAUGGGGUGGUGUGGUACACAUGGAAAGACACGGAUUAUUAUUCCCUCCGGAAGGUUACCAUGAUGAUCAGGCCCCGUACUUUCCGUCCGCAUCUCUCCCCGUGA